UACCAGCAACAUUUAUUAAUGACUUUAUUAAAACCGGAUAUAAUUGAAAGUAUUUAAAUGUUAUUGCUGUUUUCUAAAUUCCCUCUUAUCCCGCACACGCCCAGCCCCCAAUUCUCACAUACAGAAAACGCAUUGAGCAGAAACCCAGCUUCCCAGUUCAUUGGUUACUGCCAAAAGUUCUUAUUUUCACACGUGAUCUUACAUGGAAAAGUUGUUUUUAUUUGCGCCAUACCGAAACACUAAUAAUUUGAGCGGACAAUUCACGCAUAGGGGGCACUACGGUCAAGAUCUUUACUGAGGGAGCAUUUCCUUUGGAUACAAGUUCUAAGAAUUGUCUUCUGAUUUCGUCAAAAAUAACAAACAAGAGAAAUCUUAAACGGCAAUGAACACGCGUACGAGCAUUUUCCAACAAAAAGUACGGGUUAACGAUCAGGUAGCUACCUCAAGGAGUCCAGAGCUUAAAUGGGUCGGUUUUAAUUUAAUCGGAUGUUUCCUGUCAAUUUACUGCUCGUUUGCAGGUUCCUACACUAUGUUUGACCCAUUGAUUAAUUUAUCGAUUUUCGUAGAACUAAUCAGAAAUAAAACUAACAAGGGAUCCGAACUAACUGAUCCCUGGAUAUGCAAAAUGCUCUCUCGUUUAAGAAUUAAUGGUUGAACACAUUAUUCUGUCAAAACUCUAUCAAACACACUUCUCCCCGCGUAGUGAAUUCGCGUUAUGAUACUCCGACAAACGUACAAACGAAUUCCUUGGUUAUUCUAACGUAGGUGCCAUUUAUUUUUUUUUAAAUGGGUUAACAGCCCUGAAAAAUGGCCUGGUGCAAACAUUAACUCAGUCAUAAUAUCUCACCCUAUUCACAUCCUUAAUUUCUAACUUGUACGAUACUUUUAUCUUCAAGACAGUGCAUUUUCUCCGCUAGUUUUCAAACUCUUCCUGAGUUUACUGAUUUGCUGAUAAGAUUCCCUAUAGAAGAGGGAGGUUUAGCAUAUUUCAAAUAAACAUUAAUUCGUGUUUGUCCUUGCUCGGGGCUAUGUAACGUUGAUAGGUAGACCUAUCCCUCCCGUUCCAUGACACACAGCCUGCUCCCAUAUGAUGUCAUCAGUUGAAACAUGAUUUGCUGUGUUUUGUAGUGGGACGGGCAGUCCCACAACAGCAAGGUGGAUUCAGUUGAAAGGUUCAGUAAAAGUGAAGUCAGUGUUGAUGACAAGUGUUGCCUUGAACUCAGUGCAUGAUCAGAGCGGCUUCCUUCGUGUGCGCGCCUUGCAAGGGAAUCACCAUCAACAAGAAAUACAUGAGAAUCAGUAAGAUUUGAACAUUUCGCGGGACAGAGUCUUCACUUUCUUCGUCUUCUGAGUGAGUGACGGUCGCUUGUUGAGUAGCGGCCUCUCUCCCGGACUGGGUCUGCAAGAUUAAGUGAAAUGCCGACUGACAUCUCGCAGCCUCCGGGGCUGAGCUCCUCGCUGCCCCUGAGAAUCCUCAACAAGGGGCCCGGUUACCUCCGGAGGCAGAUGGAGGGCAACCGCCGGAGCCCCCUGAGCGCCGUGGAGAGGCUGGCGGCCGACAAGGGCAAGUACGUGAAGAGCCCGCAGCUGGUGGCAGGCGGUCAGGCGGAGAAAGAGAGGGAGGCCCGCUCCGGUAGCUCGGUGUCGGGCAGCCUCAGCAGCAACAGCAGCAGCAGAGGAGGAGGAGGAAGAGGUGGUGGUGUUGGUGGAGGUGGGAGCAGCGGCAUGGAGAGCUGCCCGGGAGGAGGCGAGAAGCCGGCGGGAGACUCCCCACGAGGUGACCAGCUCCCGCACGCUCCCUUACAGCGGGACGGCGGCGGCACCACCAUCCGCCGCUCCAAGAGGCAAAUGAGGCCGGACUCGCUGGUCAUCUACCGCCAGAAGUGCGAGUUCGUCAAGGGGUCAGGCGGCGGGGCCCGGGCCGCCAACCAGAGCCUGGUCCGCCGGCUCUUCCAAGGGGGCUCCAUCCGGGACAAGCAACAGCCGCCGCCGCCGGCAUCGCCCGAGGUGCCCAAGGUCAUCAUCAAAGAGAGAGGGCCGGCGGACACGGGCUGCGGGGAUGAGGAGGAGCAGCCGCCAUCGCCGCCGCCAGCAGGUUCGGUCACGUCCCCAGCCCCGAGGCCGGUUACCGCUGUCCUCCAGCGGCGGGUCGGCAAAGGGGGUCUACACCGCUCUCAGUCCGACAUCAGCUCCCGCUACUCGAGAGCCUUCUCGGAGUUCGACAGCUUCUUCAGGUACUGCGGCCUGGAGCCCGAGGUGAUCGACGACCUGGGCCGCGAGAACUUCACCUCGGCGUCCGACACCGCGGUGACCGUGCGCGUCCGGAGCGUCAGCACGCCCGACUCGGACAGCGACUUCUCCCGCCACAGCGCCCAGGAGGACCAGCGGCCGCUCGAGGAAGCGCCGGCCGAGCGCAAGCCGGCGUCCAGCCUCUCGGUCAUCGAGCGCAACGCCCGGGUCAUCAAGUGGCUAUACGGCUGCAAGCGAGCAAGGGAGUCCACAGCAGCCGAGCUCGUCUAGGCGAGCGGACCCCUGACAGAGAGGGGAAGGCUCCUCCAAUCUUCUCCGCCCGGAGAAGCGCUGCUCAGUCCUUGCAGACUCCUCUUUGCAGGGGAGUGGGCGAAGAGAUGUUGCGAACUGUGAACCAGAAGCAGCCAGAGCUAGGAAUGCACAAAAAGUCGGCUCUCACCUGUGUGUCUGGAGAGGACAGUCUCCACCCCAGCGUCACCUCUUCUUACAAUCCUGACUGCAUUCCCCGGGGGAUGCAGCGGGUUUUUAUUUUCAAAGUUAGUGUACGUCUACCUUUUUUGCUUUGACAGAUUUAGAGUUGUUCUGGUGGCCUCGGUGCAAAAUUUAGAAGAAACUACAGUAGAGACUGUUUGACUGUUGUAACUGUGAGGGAGGAUGGGAGAGACAGGAUAUAUUCUUUCUAUUUAAGAGAUUUAUUUUAUUUUCUGUGUUCAAUACAGAAUCUGUUUUCAUUUUAAACGGUAUUGUCAUGAACAGAAGUUCCCAUUCGUCUGUUUGUGCCGUUGAAACGUUGAUGUUUAUUUUGAUGUUUAUAUAUUCUUUAAAACGUUGCAGGAUCAAUAGCUAUCCAAGGUAAGCAAAAGUCUAUUACAACAGUCAGAGAUAGUAAGAACUGCCGAUGCUGGAGUCAGAGAUAACAGUGUGGAGCUGGUGGAACGCAGCCGGCCAGGCAGCUUCGGAGGAGCUGGAAAGUUAACGUUUCGGGUCCCGAAAUCAAAUGAAUUAUCAAAUGAUUCCUGUACACAUUUUUCAUACCAAAUAUAUUUUGUGAUAAUUUCAAAA